AUGCGAGGUCUGUCGGUGGUGCUUCCAGCGCUGGUCACUGCCGACCCGGCUUGGCGCAGCUUCGCCAGGGAAGGGGCACAGCGAAGCUGUUCCGGUGCAUUGGUUCAGAGAAGCGGCAUCGCGCAUGGUGACGGAUACGCACUGCAGUUACCGGACCGUGCAGGGCAAGACAUGGGUAGCAACACAUGUGUGACAUUGAACCUCAGCAUCAUUUAUGUGCACUUUAAGACUUUAAGAUUUUUAGACAAGGGCAAGAGCUAUAUGCAUUGUACUGGAGAGGACCUCACGGAACGACUUGUGGAGCUUGGCGCCUAUGACAAGUACCUCGAGUGGCGGGAAGGCUACAUGCGCUGGCGACAGGGCCUGCACAGCGGUGCCAAGGGCGAGGUCACCAAGGGGAAAACUUUGGAAGAGACUCCGAGAUCUGGUUUGGGGGCAACCUCUUUCCGUCCGCGCGAUCGCACGGACUCUGCACGCUUGGAUCUGCACCCCGCGGCGGUAGAGCUCGCAGCUCCUUCCCAAACCAGUGAGGCCGGGCAGGGGAUGCAGGAGCCAGGCCCUCCCGGCUUGGAGCCGCAGGAGAUCCAGCUGCGCGUGGAAACCAAAGCGCUCCCCGCACUGCCGGAGAUGCGCGCCGUGGCCUCCGAGGCCGCCGCUCUGGCUCUGCCAGGCCUCACAGAUCUCCUGCAAAGGACGGGAGAGGAAGGAGACGGUGACAGAGCGUUGGGAGACGAGCAACUCGGCAUGACCGGCAGCCUUCUGCUCCCGGCUUUCCGCGCGGGUCUCUUUCGCCGCCGCUCCCAUGGCACACGCAGCUUCGACGAGCAGGAAGAGCAGGAAGAGCAGCGCGAGGAGGAGGAGCAGGUUUCCUUGAAGGCCGUCCAGGCAGUGCUGGCAGAGAUCCAACAGGCCCCGGCUGUCGCGCCAGUUUGCUGGCAGAUGUUUUUGUUGCUUCACCUGGCUGAGCUCUUCGCACUUGCGGAGAGAACGGAGAGAGCCUCGAGUUCCUGCGUGAUGCACAAAAUCACGAAGUGUGGUGAAUGGUGGUUGCCCACAAGCAUCCUGAAGAUAUGUUUCCAGAGGGAUCCGGAAGGCACGCAGUGGGCACACAUAGGUAUACAUGGGUACGCCUUGCCAGAGGUUAAUUUGCAGGCUGCAUGCAUCAAUGUACUGAGGCUGUCGGCACAGGCCGCCGAACGCCUGGACGGCCUCCGCGUCAGCGGCGCUGCCUGGUGCGCACUGAGCUUCCGGCUCUCCAUUGCCCGUGUCUCAAGAAUUGAACCAAACUCAAAUGCUGAGAGAUUCAAGUACUUUGAAACACGCUUCUACCCUGAGAUGCGCCUCUGGCUCUCCUUCCUCUGCCGCGUCGCCGGGUGGCCCAGCCAUGCCCAGCCCUAG